ACCGACGCUCGCUCGUUUCAAGGCCUACUGCACGCGCGAUAUCGGCGCGACGCGCGACAUCAAUAGAUGGGUGUCGAGGUGCGGAAGAUGUGAAAGUGUGGAUGGUUGUUUUCCUUUUGGUUUUGAUUGUGAGUGACAUGAGGACCCUUGCGGAAUCGGAGAGGAACACAUUGCCUAGGGGAUGGGUCAGGCAAGCCGUGAUGGGGGUGUUAAGGUGGAAAGACGUGCCUGCGGCUCAACCGGCGCCUCAACAGCACCAUACUAGGAUUGAGGUCGGAUACAAGAGCAACAAUAUUGGGAUUAUACAGGUGGGUCUACAAGCGAAGCGCUCGGCCGCGUCAGCUGGGAUCAUAAAUAAUUCCCUCAUGAAUUGA